ACGCCUAUCUUCCGCUGCAGCUUCGUCCGUCUUCUUAUCUUCACGUCAUAUUUCUGCACACUUGACUGGAGUCUUUCUUUCUUCUGCACUCUGAUAAGCAGCAAAAAUCAUAAAAAAAAACCCCCAUUAUUCUUUUCUCGACAGCAAUGGCUAUGAAUUUCUCCCCUUCAACCCCCAUGGGGUCCAUUUAUCAGCAGAAACCCAAAAUUCUUCUUUCCCUGCAACCUCCCCAAGGUUCGAAAAAUGUGUCUUGCGGCGCGGCUUCCCACUAUGUCAAGCUUGAGGUUAGGCUCAGAGCUUCUGCUGCAAAGCCCCUGUUGUUAAACACCUCUUGCAGAAGAGACGAGUUUUGAGGUGUGCAACCAUAGAAGAAAUAGAAGCUGAGAAAUCUUUCAUUGAAGAAGACGUUAAAGAAAGAAUGGAAAAGACUGUUGACACAGUUCGCUCGAGUUUUAAUUCUAUUAGGACCGGUAGAUCAAACCCGGCAAUGCUGGACAAAAUUGAGGUGGAGUACUAUGGAGCACCAACCAACUUGAAGAGCAUAGCUCAAAUUAGUACUCCUGAUGCAAGUUCACUUUUGGUGAAACCCUAUGACAAAUCCGCCUUGAAGGCUAUAGAAAAAGCAAUUGUCAACUCUGACCUUGGUAUGACACCAAACAAUGAUGGAGAAGUUAUAAGGCUGGCAAUACCCCAACUUACAUCAGAGAGGAGAAAGGAACUAUCAAAAAUUGUGGCAAAACAAGCUGAGGAAGGGAAGGUAGCAUUGAGGAAUGUACGAAGAGAUGCCAUCAAAUCCUAUGAAAAACUUGAGAAGGAGAAAAAGCUGUCCGAGGACAAUGUGAAAGACUUGUCCAGUGAUCUGCAGAAAGUGACAGAUGAAUAUAUGAAAAAGAUUGAUUCCCUCUACAAACAGAAGGAGAAGGAGUUGCUGACAGUUUGAGAAGGGGUUGUGAAUAGGUAUAUUGGAUUAGCUUGGUGCUGUGUUUGACGUCAAAAUCCAUUUCUAUCUCUCGAUCCCUUCCUUCCCCAAGUCCGUUGCAGUCUACCCCAUACAUCUGUUUAGAAGUCUUUUAUGUAUUCUUUCGCCUGGAUUUUUACAUGUAUAGCUGCCAAAGAUCGAGUUUGUAUGUUGGGUUCUUGCGUUCUAUAUGUAAUUUGACCCUCAAUUUUCACAAAUUUAGUUCGAAGUCGUUUUGUUCCCUCUCUACCAGACAUUGACGUAAAUGUUGUCGGAUUGUUUUCAGU